AUGGGAGCAUCAUUGUUUCACUUAAUUGCCGUCUUUGUGGCCGUCCGCAUGAUCCACUGCCAAACAGUCUGCAGCAGACAAGCCUCUCUUGAAUGGCACCUUAAACAACAUACAGUCCAAAUGAAUUGGACUCUCAUAGGGAACAUCUGUAGAAGUGUUUCUGAGUGUUGGGAUUCUCAGGAGGGAGACGAGUCAAGUGGGCAACCUUUCAACUUCCCACAGAUUUGCCCGCUUCAGGUGCAACAUGGAGACAAACUGCUGAUGUCUGCUGAUGAAACACUGAAGUCAUAUGGCAUCAGACUCCUCAACGUUUCAAAGGACAACUUUGAAAGCUGUUCCACAAAUGGACAGACAAAAGAUCAGUUGCUUUUCCCCCACAAUAUAAAUGAAAGCGUGCAAGUUGAGGCCAAGUGGUUGGUCCCGGGUCAUCAUUACUUCAUCGCCCUGCAUGAGGGAGACAUGCAGCUGUGCAAGCUUGGCUUAAGGCUCAAUGUGUCUGUUAAAACGCAACUUUGUCAGGGUUCUCCUCUGCUUCGACUUUGUUCGGGGAACGGCAUUUGUCAAACAGACCUCUGGGAAGGUGCAUACCACUGCCGAUGCCACCACCACUACUCUGGGAGGUUUUGUGAAAAGUUUGAUGCUUGUUUGGAUAACCCCUGUGAAAACAAAGGAGUCUGUUUGAGCAAUGGAUCCACAGAUCCAAACCACAGAUCAUAUAAAUGUCUCUGUCCUCCACAUUUUACAGGGGUUAACUGCUCUGAAGUCGUCGGGAAGGAAAACUGUGACAGAAUUUGUGAAAAUGGGACGUGCGUUCAGGUGUCGCCUACGUCCUUCAAAUGCAUCUGUGACACAGGAGUCUCAGGUUCACCUUGUGAGAAGAGGAGAACCCCCUGUCAUCCAAAUCCAUGCAGAAACGGUGGUCUGUGUGAGGAGAGCCCCAAAGGAUUUGUUUGUCAUUGUCCAGAAAGAUUCGGGGGCCCCUACUGUGACUCCAGACUUGACCUCGAUUGCAUAUCAUAUGCAUGUCAGGAGGAACAAAUUUGCACUGCAGGGGCCUCUGAAUGUGUCUGUGCAGAUGGUAAUGUGGUCCCAGCAUGCAGGAGGCAGCAGAACCUGUGCAGCCCAUCACCAUGUCUCAACAAUGCCACCUGCGUGUCCAGGGGAAAUGAUUAUUUCUGCAGAUGUCUGAGCGGGUUUUCUGGAAAGAAUUGUGAAGAAAUAAUUGACUACUGCAGGCUGCUCAAUAUCACCUGCCUAAAUGAGGGAUUGUGCUUGAGUGUAAUUGGCAGAUAUCAGUGUGUUUGUGCCCCAGGAUGGAUCGGAGAGUUUUGUCAAUAUGUGGGCAAUGCCUGCUUGAUAAAACCAAACAGCUGUUUGAAUGGCGCCACAUGCAUUACAACAAGUCAGCCAUCAUCUCCCCCACAUUACGUUUGCAAAUGCCCCCUCGGCUUCACAGGAACAAAGUGUGAGACUGAGAUCAACGAGUGUGACUCCAACCCCUGUCAGCACAAUGGCACAUGCUCUGACUUGCUAGGACGCUAUGAAUGCCAGUGUCCUAAAGGUUUUCUGGGGAUGAAUUGUGAAGUUGACAUAGAUGUGUGUGCUCUGCCCAACAACACAUGUCCACCGAAGACCCAGUGUUUGGAUCUCCCAGAUGGUCUUGAAUAUACCUGCCGUGUGCCCUGCCCUCAAAACUUCCAACCUUGUGCCAACGGAGGACGCUGUGUGCUGAAUAAAGCCAGCAGCUACACCUGUAUCUGUACGCCUGGUUGGACUGGUCAGAACUGCCGUGUAAAUGUCAAUGAUUGUGUUCAACAUUGGUGUCAAAAUGGAGCCACUUGCGUGGAUGAGAUUGAUGGUUAUAGCUGCCUUUGUCCCAGAGGAUAUUCAGGCGUUUACUGUGAAGAGGACAUUGAUUACUGUGUUGGCCAUCACUGCUCUGAACAUGGUGUUUGCCUGGACCAGCAGUAUAACUUCACAUGCCGCUGCAUGCUUGGAUUUGAAGGGUCGCUCUGUGAACUGGAAACAAAUGAGUGCAACAGCUUCCCCUGUGCGAGCGGUGCCACCUGUGUGGACCUAAUCAGUGAUUAUCGGUGCCACUGCCCCCCGGGGUUUGAGGGAAGGACCUGCUCCGAGAAUGUAAAUGAUUGCUGGUCGCAGCCUUGUCUAAAUGGAGGCUCGUGUAUGGAUCUGAUAAAUGACUACAUUUGUCAUUGUCCUCUUGGAUUCAAGGGAAAAGACUGCUCUGUGGAUAUUGACCUUUGCUCAUUUGGAAUCUGCAGUGAACAUACAUUAAUAUGCACUGAGACCAAGGAUGGACAGAACGUCUCUUGCACUUGUGAAAGAGGGUUUGGAGGAUCAUUUUGUGAAGUAAAUCUCAAUGAGUGUGAGUCAAAGCCGUGCCAGAACGGUGGUAUUUGUGUGGAUGGCAUCGACCUGUAUCAGUGCUUCUGCUCAGAGGGGUUUGGGGGGUUGAACUGUGAAAUCAACUAUGAUGAAUGUGUCCACGGAUAUUGCGCCAAUAAUUCCACUUGUAUUGACCUGGUUGCAGACUAUGAGUGCAUCUGUCCUUCGGGCUUUGCUGGGAAGAAUUGCUCCAUAUUGGUCUCUGUGUGUGAGUCAGAGGUUGACUUCUGCAAAAAUGGAGGAACCUGCUCGCGCAGCUUAGCUGGAGAAAUGCAUUGUAUUUGCCAUCCAGGAUACCAUGGCAAUGACUGCUCCUCAUCUGUGAACCAAUGCGUGUCAAAUCCUUGCGACCCUGAAGGGACUCUCCUCUGUGAAGAGCUGGCAAAUACUUAUAGAUGUGUGUGUCAACAUGGGUACACUGGGCCGCACUGCAAAACACCUAUAAACCACUGUGUUGAUGGCCUGUGUCAACAUGGCUCACUGUGUGUGGAACUAUCAAGAGGGUUCAAGUGUGAUUGUUUACCAGGUUCAACAGGCCAGUUUUGUGAGAUAAACAUUGAUGAUUGUGAGGAACAGCCGUGUGGAGUCCUGAGUAUUUGUAAAGACACACUGAAUGGCUAUAAUUGCUUCUGUGCACCUGGAUUUGUUGGAAAUAACUGUGAGAUUGAAGUGAACGAAUGUCUCAGCCAGCCCUGCCGAAAUGGAGGCUCCUGCAUUGAUGAGCUCAACUCGUUCAGCUGCCAGUGUCCUCUUGGAGUCACAGGGGACUACUGUGAAGUCAACAUAGAUGAGUGCAUAUCCUCUCCCUGCCUGCACAAUGCCACGUGUGUUGACCUUGUUCAUGGCUAUGGAUGUGUCUGUAUGCCUGGCUUCACAGGUACAAAGUGUGAACUUGACAUUGAUGAGUGUGCUUCAUCUCCCUGCAAGAAUGGAGCCACUUGCAUUGACCAGCCUGGUAAUUACUUCUGCCAAUGUGUGGCUCCAUUUAAAGGUCAUAAUUGUGAGUUCUUACCCUGUGAGGCCAGUAAUCCCUGCGAGAAUGACGCAGUGUGUGUGGAGGAGUUGGAUCAGGACCAUUUCCCUUUGGGUUUCCGCUGUCACUGUCGCCGGGGCUUCACUGGCCCCCGCUGUGAAAUCAAUGUGGAUGAGUGCAGCUCUAGCCCCUGUUUUCACGGUUUCUGCUAUGAUGUUGUAGAUGGCUUUUACUGCCUUUGCAGUCCUGGCUAUGCUGGGCUGAGAUGUGAGCAAGACAUUGACGACUGCGUGAACAGUUUGUGUAGCACCAACUCUAUUUGUAAGGACCUCCAUCUGAGUUAUGAGUGUGUGUGUCAUUCUGGCUGGGAGGGGGAGUACUGCCAACAAGAAAUUGAUGAAUGUUUAUCACAGCCCUGCAAAAACAACGCCACCUGCACAGACCUUCUCAACAGCUACAAGUGUUUGUGCUCACCAGGCUGGACAGGUGUGGACUGUGCAGAGGAUGUGAAUGAGUGUGAUUCUGGGCCCUGUCUAAAUGGAGCUCAGUGUCAGGAGUCAGACGUACCUGGGGAGUUCUCCUGCACCUGUCCCCCCUUCUUCAGUGGCCCCUUGUGCAACCAGCCUUAUGACCCCUGUGACCCCCUUCACAAUCCGUGCCUGCACAACUCCACCUGCCUGACACGCUCCAAUGGAACAGCCUCCUGCAGAUGCCCAGCUGGAUUUGAAGGAAGUUGGUGUGAAAUUGACACCAAUGAGUGUAGCUCAAAUCCAUGCCAAAACCAGGGCGACUGUGUGGACGGGGUCAACAGUUACAGCUGUGAUUGUAAGAUGGGAUUUUCUGGCCUUCGCUGUGAGGAAGACGUCAAUGAAUGCACCUCUAGCCCUUGCCAUAACGCUGGCAUUUGUCAAGACCUUGUGAACCAGUUCCGCUGCAUUUGCCCUCCUGGUUAUUUUGGAACGCUGUGUGACCUGGAUGUGAAUGAGUGUGAAGUUUCACCUUGCCUACACGAGGGCAUCUGUAUCAACACGCCCGGGGGCUUCAAGUGUGUCUGUCGCCCUGGAUACUCAGGGGCACGGUGUGAAGUUAACAUCAAUGAGUGUGUUUCAAACCCAUGCCAGAAUGGUGGGAGAUGUAUUGAUGCGCCUAAUCGAUACCACUGCUCGUGUCCUGAUGGCUUCACUGGGCUCCACUGUGGGACCAACAUUGACGAAUGCAUGUCAGCGCCUUGUCUUCAUGGGAGCUGUAAGGAUGGAAUAUAUUCAUACUCCUGUCUGUGUGAAUCCGGAUGGACUGGCAGCAGAUGUGAAACAAACAUCGAUGACUGUGCUUCCAGUCCCUGUUUGAAUGGAGGAUCAUGUGUGGAUCUCACUGAUAAAUAUGCAUGCUUCUGUCAGGAUGGUUACACUGGGAAAACCUGUGAGAAUGAUGUAGACAUCUGCAAAGAGGUCGCGUAUAACGUCUCACUGUGUUUCAAUGGAGCCACCUGCCUUGACGGUGAAGGAUCAAACUUUACGUGCAGCUGUCCACCAGGUUUCAUGGGGGAUUUCUGUGAAGUGGAUGUUAACGAAUGUUGCUCGGCUCCCUGCCACAACGGUGCCAUUUGCCAAGAUCUUAUUAAUAGCUACGUCUGCCACUGCAGGUCAGGUUGGACAGGCCUUCACUGUGAGGAUGACAUUAAUGAGUGCCUUCCACAGCCCUGCAACCAGGGGAUAUGCAUUCAGAAUGAUCCAGGCUAUGGCUACACCUGUUUCUGUCGUCCUGGAUUUGUGGGGAAGAACUGUGAGCGCAACUACGACGAUUGCCUGUCGAAUCCAUGUCCAGAAGCAUUUUCCUGUGUAGAUGGCAUCAACAAGGUCAGUUGCCUUCCUCCUGUUACGGAUGCUGUUCCCUUGGCGACUGCAGUCAAGAACAUUACUCCCGGCUCCACACCUAGAGUGCCAACACCAACACUCAGCCCGGCACCAGCAGCUGAGAAAACCACAGAUUCAAGCUAUGUUCAGUACUUUGGGAAUUCAUACCUUGAGUUUAAGGGUAUUUACCUGAGCACACUCAACAAUAUUACCUUGAGAUUCCAAACCCAAGUGGCCCAGGGAACUAUAUUUUAUGUGGACCAAGGGCCUGCUAAUGGUGAUUUCUUUUUCAUGAAACUCUUCAUUUUGGAUGGAAUCUUACAGUAUGCGUUUUGCUGUAAUGAAGACGAAGACGUUACACAGAUCAGUACAUUCAUUCGUGUUGAUGACGGCAUGGUUCACAUUGUCAAUAUCAGACAACACCUGACCCCUUGUGAAGCAGAGCUGACUCUUUCUGGCUAUGAGAAAAUCAAAAGUUCAGCAAGUAAUUACUGGUUGGGACACAUGAUACAAAGCACAAACCACGUCUUCACAGGUGGUCUCCCACAAAGGUAUCUGCCCAAUCAGAAAGCAAAACCUCUCCACAACUAUACUGGCUGCAUUGAAAUAAUUGAAAUGAAUAACCUGAAGAGCUUUUACACAUCUGAUGCAAUUGCUGGCAGCAACAUAGACCAGUGCAGAUUUACUUUGUACAUCACAAGUUGGACAACUCAAUCAGCCAUCCCUGACGCAGUGAACACAACAAUGGCGGCACCCACACAAACACCAAAACAUCCUCUGCAUGAACCUCAAGUUUGCCGUGACGGUUUCUGCCGCAACGGAGGAACAUGUCAUCAGCUGCAGCUGCUUGGUGGAGCUCUGCCUUCCUGUCACUGCCCUCUUCACUUUACUGGAACUUUUUGUGAGAAAGAUACCACAGUAUAUAUCCCUUCAUUUGAUGGCACAUCUUAUUUGGAGCUGCGGCCACUUGCAUUCCUUCUCCAGCCUUCUCCACCUGCAACUGUCAAGGACACUACUGGUAUUCUCUACCUGACAGUAAAAGCAAGAUCUGCACAGGGCACCAUCCUCUACUCUCAGGAGCAGAACUUUGGGGAUCAGUUCCUUCAUGUGUUUCUCCAAGAUGGAACCCCGGUUGCUAGACUUGGCUGUGGUGGCGGUCAUGUUUUGAGUGCAGCUGCAGGCCAGAACAUCAACAAUAACAGAUGGAUGCCAAUCACAGUCCGAUACAAUCUGCCUGUUGGCAAACAAGGAGGGUCAUGUAUGAUUGAAAUAGCAGCAGAUAAUGGCACAGCUCAGCGUCUCGAGGAGUACGUGUCACAUCCCGUGUCAGAGGGAACCUUUGGACCCAUAUUUCUUGGGGAUGUUUCGUCCCACUGGGAGAUGCAUGACGGGAGUGCAAAGGGAGCAAGGAGAUUCAUUGGGUGUAUCAGGGAACUUCAGGUCAACUCAAAGGAGAUUUACCUGGUGGGUGAAGCAGUGAGAGGGAGAAACAUCAAGAACUGUGACCCGCCUGUCUGCCAACACCUUCCCUGUCGUAACGGAGGAACUUGUGUCAGUGAUGCUGAGGACUGGUUCUGCGAGUGCACCCCUCUCUACACUGGCCGGCUGUGCCAGUUCAGUGCCUGUGAGCGCAACCCCUGCGGUCAUGGAGCCACAUGCAUCCCAAAGUCGCCAUUGGAAGCCGUGUGUCUCUGCCCCUAUGGAAGACAGGGUCUACUGUGUGAUGAACCCAUCAAUAUAAGUCGUGCCAGAUUCAGUGGAAGCGAUGAGUUUGGUUACACCUCCUUCGUGGCGUAUUCCUCCGUCCCCAGCCUCAGUUUCUUCUACGAGUUCAAGCUGAAGUUCACACUUGCCAACAAUUCAUCUGCUGUGAAAGACAACCUGAUCCUGUUCGCUGGGCAUAAAGGACAAGGAAAUGAUGGCGAUGACUUCCUCGUUUUGGGACUACGAAAUGGCCGAGUUGUGCAUAGAUUCAACCUCGGAUCAGGCGUAGCAGUCGUAGUCAGUGAUCGACUGAACCACCAGAUCGACAUUCACACUGUUACUUUUGGAAGGUCCAAGAAAACAGGAUGGCUGAAGGUUGAUGGGCAACGUAACAGGACAGGAUCGUCUCCAGGACCCUUGGUUGGCCUCAAUGUUUUCAGCCAGCUCUUUGUAGGUGGAUAUAAUGAGUACACCCCUGAACUACUGCCACUUGGCUCCAGGUUCCGUCAUGGCUUUCAGGGGUGCAUUUUUGAUGUGCAGUUUCGCACAAGAAGAGACAGAAAGUUCCAAGUACUGGGACAGCCUGCGGGACAUCCAGCCUUCGGGCGCAGUGUGGGUCAGUGUGGAGUCACGCCGUGUCUUCAUAUUCACUGCAGGAACGGAGGGACAUGUGUGGACUCUGGCUCAUCUGUGUAUUGCCAGUGCCCAUUUGGAUGGAAGGGUGCGCUCUGUUCUGAGACCGUGUCCGUGUGUGAUGUGGAGCACAGCCCCCCUCCUCUGUGCGCCCGCGGCUCCACCUGCAUCCCUCUCCCACAUGGAUAUACCUGCCAGUGCCCCCUGGGGACUGGCGGGCCCUACUGUGAGAAAGCUGUGAGCAUCAGUGAUCCAUUCUUCAGCGGGAACCUGUCUUCGUGGAUGUCAUUUCCACCCUUGAGUAUAAGACACAGGACUGUUCUGGAGUUGCAGUUCCAGCCUUUAGCACCUGAUGGCAUCCUUGUCUACACUGCACAGCACCUCAGUGCCAGAGCUGGAGAUUUCUUCUGCCUCUCCUUGAAAUCCGGGUUUGUCCAGCUGCGAUACAAUCUGGGCGAUGGCACCCACAUCCUGCAGUCUGUCAAGCGAGUGGACUCUCGAGGCAGGACCUGGCACUCGGUGAAGGCUGGCCGAAUUGGUCACCAAGGCUUCCUCAGUCUGGACGAUACAGAGGUUAGAGAGAAUGUGACUGAAGGGAUGACCACCCUCGAUGUUGCGACAGACGUCUUUGUCGGAGGUGUGUCCACCCUGAGCUUCGUCUCAAUAGAUGCAACUGAAGGGGAACCAAUGGGCUUCACUGGUGGCGUAAGAGAACUUAUACUUAACAGUCAAGAGUUUGAGUUGACAGAGGUGGGGGCAGUAGGUGGAGCAAACGUAGGGGACUGGGAUGGGACAGCCUGCGGGUACAAGGUGUGCCAAAAUGGAGGUCAGUGCAGGGCAACAGGAAGUCAGUCAUUCACAUGUGUAUGCCCACCAAUGUGGACUGGCACUGUGUGUAACCAGUCUGUAAGCUGUGCAAACAACUUGUGCAAACAUGGUUCCUCAUGUGCCCCAUCUGAUGUGACCUCAUACUGCUGCAUAUGCCCCCUAGGAUGGGGAGGGAGGUACUGCGAGACAGAAAUAUCCACAGACAUCCUCAAGUUUGUGGGAAACUCGUACAUUAAAUACUGGGACCCAAGACACAACACAAGAAAUUUAAAAUACACACAGGUUUCUUUCAGCUUCUGCACAAGCUCAAACAACAGUUUGAUCAUGUGGAUGGGGAAGGCCGAACACGAAGAUGAUGACUACCUCGCGGUUGGACUUGAGGGUGGCCACCUCAAAAUUGCAGUCAAUCUUGGAGAGAGACUUUCUCUCCCAUUAACUUUCAGAAAACUCGCACUGUGCUGCAACAAUUGGCAUAAUGUGUCCAUAUCUUUAAACAGCACCAUUAUUCAGGUGUUCCUAAACAGUAAGAGAAUCCUUUUUGAAGAUGUGGACCCAUUUGAGCGGUACGUGGCCUUAAACCAUGCGGGUCAGCUUUACUUUGGAGGGUUUGAAUUGUAUAGAAACGUAUCAUUUGUCACUUCAGGGCUCUUUUCAAAGGGCUUUGAAGGAAAUCUCAGAAAGGUUUAUUUGUUUGAAGAUACCAAGCCGGUGCCGUUUCUCAAGAAUAGUGAAGGUUUUAAUGUUGAUGAGGGAAAUGAAUAG